AUGCCCAUCGUGGGCCGAAGCCUCGCCAUCUUUAUGGUGUCAAUUGUUAUGAUGUGUAUCUCCACUGUGAUGGUUGCAUUACGAACUUUUGUGCGACUGUAUAUCCUCCAGGCCUUUGGCUGGGAUGACGCUCUGAUGGUUGUUGCAUUGAUCCUUUUUAUUUGUUUGGAUGUAUGUUCCAUUAUCGGAGCAAUGAAUGGGGUCGGGCACACAUAUACAGACUUUACAAGUAUAGAUAUCUAUAGGAGAGCACUUCUGUUGUGGUGGCUUGGUCAAAUGCUCUACAUAUGGGCCUCAGCAGUUGCCAAAAUAUCAAUCGCCGUUGCGCUCCUCCGGCUAGCCGUCAGAAGGUCCUACCGGGUGAUGAUUUGGAGCAUUAUUGCGGUUAUCAUUGCCGUUGGACUUAUGCUCUGGCUUGUGCUACUCUUCGCCUGCAAUCCCAUCUCUCACUUCUGGCAACAAGUGAAUCCAAUGGACAAGGGAACGUGCUUGUCGAUGUACACAAUCUUAGGCGUCACUUACUUUUACAGCUCCGUGACUAUAUUGUGUGAUGUCUCACUUAGCCUGCUACCAAUUUUCCUCGUCUGGAAUCUGCAAAUGAAUAGCCGAACGAAGCUUGCAGUAGGAGGAAUCCUCGGGUUAGGGUCAAUUGCAAGCGUGGCAGUAAUAUGUCGACUUCCAGUUCUACCAUUCUAUGCGACCGGUGAUUUCCUUUACUCAACCUACCAGAUCGCCAUAUGGUCUAUUGUCGAGACCUGCCUCGGAAUUACAGCAGGCAGUCUCAUCACUCUUCGACCCUUAUUCCGCUGGUUCCUGGAUGGGAAUUCGGCUCAUAAUCACACGUCAUCCCACCAAGGAACUUAUUCAUGGCCAUACCCACUGUCUGAUUUGCAAAAUGAGCCCAUGAAAACAUCGCGAAGUACGAAUCAUUGGCGCCCUGAUCUCGACCCCGAUGACGCACGUACCAUUGUUACAGUCUCAUCGCAGCGGAGGAAUAAACUCCACGUUAGCAGCAGCAGUCAAGAAGCCUUGUACCCUGAGCCGAGAACGCCAAAUCGAGUCACGGUACAGACGAGCUUUAUACAAACAGUGACAGAGGGGAGUAAAUAG